GUACUGGAGUGUGUCACGCCUUCCGCAGCGCGUCACGUUAGAUAGUGUGGAGAACAGAUCAGAUUGGUCGGUGCCGCCAUGGCCACGCGCGAGGCGGCGCAGUUCUAUGGCCAAGCGGAGUCAGCACUGCGCGACGAACAGUUUGAGGACAGUGUGACCUUUGCUCAAAAAGCCGUGCAGAUUUUCGAAGGCUUAGGAGCCGAAGGCGUCUCGGGGCUCAUUGAUGCCCUCUACAUCCUCAUCGAUGCUCAUCGACAGAUGGCAACCACCAUGCAGGAGAAGCCACAGAAUGCUUUGUCCAUCAGUGGCCAGUACCUUGAGAAGUUCAAGGCCAGCCGAGAUCGUCGUGGGGAGGCUGUGAUGCUGCUGUGUUUAGCAGAGAUCAACCACGACAAGCGCGGCCGCAAGAAGCGCCAGGAGGCGCUGGAGACGGCAGCGGAGGCGCUGCGGAUCUUCUCGGAGGUGCAGGACCGGAAGUUCGAGGCCCUGACGUUGAUGGUCACGGCCAUGGCUCACUACAAGUUCUUUAUGUAUGAUGCGAUGCUCGAGGAGGCGACCCGGAGCUUGGACAUUGCGGAGGAGUUGGGUGACAAGUUCCUGACUGGCCGAGCACAGAACCUCACCGGGCUUGCUUUGAGCUCCCAGAGGAGGAUUGAUGAUGCCAUGGAAAGGGGGAGAGCCGCCUUAGCGAUAUGGCGAGAACUUGGGAUGAGGCGCCAAGAAGCGAUCCAGACCCAUGCCAUGGCGGGUUGGCUGUUGUACAGCCGAUGGCCCAAGAAAGCCUUAGCCCUGGCGGAGCAGACCUUGCAAUCCUUCCGAGAGAUUGGACCUGCGGGCAUUCCUUCUGGCGCAAAGCAUCGCAGAGAGGCAAUGUGCGUCUACAUGAUCAUCGAAGUAAUGGCUGAGCUAAAGCAGUACAAGCCGGCGAUCAAGUUCGCGAAGUCGGCCUUCGAACGCUUUGGAGAGCUCGGGUGUCAGCUGGGCCAGGGGAUGGUGAAGGACGCCAUGGGCAGGGUCUACAUCGUCAUGGACAAACCCGACAAGGCCAUCGAAGCGGUGGAUGAAGCCAGAGAAAUUGCGGACCGUUUGGGAGACAAGCGAUGGAGCGCGAAGCUCCUUUUUGGAGUGGCCCAGGCCCACAUGAAGGCGAAGGACACCAAUGAGGCCAUUGAGACAUUGGAUAAGACCAUCGGAUUGGCGCAAGCUGCUGGAGACAUGCAGGAGACCUCCAGGUUGCAGCAGAACCUCAUCGAUGCUCUCCUCUUCCGACAGAGGAAUCCCAAGGCGGCUCUUCGAGUAGCGAAGGAAGCCAGAACGAUGGCACAGAAGAAUGGAGACAAACGCGCUGAAGCCAUGGCCAUCCUGCGCGAAGCAAUGGCCCAGGGCUCCAUGGGGAAGAAAGAGGAUGCGUUGAAGUUGGCCAAGCAGGCUCAGGAGUUCUUCCAAGAGUCUUACUGGCCCCGUGGAGAGGCUCAAUGUCUUCAUUUCAUGGCGGAUUUGCGUGGUCAAGCGGGUGAUCUGGACCAAGCCUUGGAAUGUGCCGAGGAGCGUCUCGCGGUCCUGCGGGGCGUCCACGACCUCUCCAUGGAGGCCAAUGCCAUGAUGCAACUGGCUCAGUUGCACAUGAAGGACGACAAUUACCAAGAGGCUGAACGGCUAGCACAGGAUGCUGCUGCCCUUGGGAAGAAGGACCGCAACCCCAGGGUGCAAGUAGAUGCAUUGCUUUUGCUCACCCAGCUGAACAACACCAAAGUGCUGGACAAGCUGGAGGACAAGUCUUUGAAGCCAGUGAUCGACCGGGCUGUGCGAACUGUGAACGAGGCUCUGCAGGUCGCAGGCAAAGCGGAGAACCGCUCUUUGCGAGCGCUGGUUCUGUUCAAGCGAGCAGAGACAAUGGUGCUUGCUGGCAGGCACCAAACUGGCCUCAGAGAUGUCAAGGAGGCUGCUGCGAUCUUCGAGGAGAUGGAUCACUAUCAAGCCUUGGGCCGCUGCAUGCUGCUGUCUGGCAACAUCAAACAUGCCUUAGGCCAGGUGGAACAGGGUGAGGCGGACGUGGAGAAGGCCGACCUGAUCGCCAAGGACAUCGGUGACCACCAACUGGCCGAUGAGGUCUUGUCCUUCCGGAAAGCACUGGAGGAGAAGAAGAAGGAACAAGAGCGGGCUGCUCAAGCGCAGAUUGAACAGCCACAGCUUGUGGCUCCCGCCCCUGGACAGCCAGCAGCUGCUGCUCCCGUGGUCGAGUCAGUGGCGGCACCGCCAGAGCAGAAGGGCUUGGAUCCGGUCUACGUGCGCAAGCAGCUGGCGGCCAUGGUGAAGGAUGCGAUUGCCAGUGACGAAGAGCUGGAACUGGACAGCCCCUUCAUGGAUGCUGGCAUGGACAGCUUGUCCAGUGUAGCCUUGAUGAGCAUGGUGGCAAAGGAGUUCCAGAUGGCUUUGAGCCCAUCGCUGGUUUUUGACUUCCCCACGUUGAGGUCAAUGGAAGAGCACUUGGUGACUGAGAGUCUGAGCAUGUAACGAGACGGCUGGUGGCUGGUUUGGCGCAAACCGGUGAAGGCGCCUUCACACGGCAUCAGAAUCUUCCCGAUGCUGAAGAAGACAUCACGUCGUACAGGGAACCUGUCGCUUCUUCUUAGUCUGCGAAAGC